ACACAGUACAACUUGAGCGGUAUACCAUGGCGGGUUUGAAAAUUAUCGGAAUACUGUUUUCUGUAUUGGUGGCAAAGGUAAGAUAUGAAAUUGAAAUUUUGUUUAAUUCAUAGUAAUAUUACUAAUGAUUAAUUAUACAUCAUGCAUUAUUAUUUUCCCUAGGACGGUGCCCAUUCGUGUUCGUUGCCAAUUCAUAUUACUUCCGGCGCUUCUUCGGUAUACGAUUCGACUCCGUCUUCGUACCGUACGCUGACUUCAUGGAAAACAUCACGUGGACAAUAUCGCUCCGAUUCAAUAAAUAAAAUUCCAGGUACUUCGAUUGAUUCUCUAUCAUAUUCAUCGAAACUAGACCCCAUUCUUGAAUCUCCGGCCGUGUCUACUUCUGUCGAUAGUCAACUUCUCAACGAUUUCCUACUUUUAUCGCAAUUUUUGAAACCUCAUAUUACAUCCACAGAACCGCCUCCACUACCACCAAAUUCGUUGCACUAUGAUUCUGCACCAAAUUUACCCUCAGCACUAUCCGAUCCAUAUCCAACAUUUGACCAAAGUCAAGCAGACCAGUUACUUUCGAUUUUGUUGUCUAAUUCAGGACCUUAUUUGUUGUCCACUCCAACUACACCUAUCGCCGCUCCAACUACUACCUUUACGCCGGUCACUGUAUCGCAAACGUAUCUUGAUACCGUAUCGAGCACUAUUCCAGAACCAAUUAUUACAUCACCUGGAAUCGUUGCAUUUACUUCCGUCACUGAGUCAUCUGGUCCACCUGUUGCAUCGACUUCCGUAUCUAACUUCGAACCUAUAGUCGUUGAACCGCUACACCCAAACAGCGAAUCAGACUUGGUUUCUACAACCACUAUCAUCAAUACGUCACUUGCAGCUCCUCUUCAAAAUAGUACUAUUUGAUUCCGUGUCUAGAACUUUUUUUUUUUUUUCAAUAACACUGUAUAAAAGUAGGUAGGUACAAAUACCGAAUAAGGAUUAUCAUUAAUCAUUAUAUAAACAAAAUGUCAUAAUAUAAGUUAAUAUUUUUUUCCCGCUUAUUAAUUUAAUAAAACAAUAAAACCUAUAUACUUUUCAAGGUAGUUAAAAAUAAAUAAUAUUAAUUUAAAAAAUUGAUUAAAUACCUAUUCAUAAUAGUAUAAUGGUACAAA